AUGAAAGUUCUCAUAGAAAUUCUGGUGAUGUCCCAAGCAUGCCUCUACCGAGCGGCGAAAAGAAGUUAUCAAGGCGACUUACCACCGAACUUCUGCUUCACCACAGAUGAUCCCUUCUAUUCUGGUCCAGCCACAUGUAAUCUAUUGCAUUACACACCGGCCGCUUAUAUGGCCGGCUUUAUAGAGAUGGCAAUGCUGGCAAGUGGAUCCAUUUGGUUUUGGCAACUACACAGCGUUAAUCAUUCUGUGGACACAUGGGUCGUACUUUGUAUGUUCGCUUUGACGGCCGCAGGAUUAGUUACAUCUCUUCUAAUGUUCUAUGGACUGAAAACUGAGCAGGCAAGGUUGCUGUCUCCGAAAUUGGCAUUCAUCCAGCUCGAGAUUACAAUUCUGAUGCUACUCGCAGCUAUCGCUAUUGUUGCAAUGUCUUUCGGUAUUUCACUUACUCAUCAAUUGUUCAGCGUGUUUAUAAAGUAA